AUGAUGGGCAGCCUGGCGCCAGAGAGGUGGAGCGGGGGCAAACGUGACAGUACCCCUUCUAGGGGCGCCACCUGGGGUCCUACCUGGGCGAGCCCGACGAGCCCGGCCGAUGCUUGUGAGCCUCAUGAGCAAGCUGAGGCAUGGGAGCCCGACGAGCCACCUGGGGCAUCUCCGGUUGCUCCGGCAGCAGCACCCAGACCCGACGUCACCAACAAAAAACUCCCUGAUGCUUCCAAUUGUGGUGUCUGCAUUCUGAAACGGUUCUGUAACUACAGACGCUGGAAGACAGGAAGCAAGUACAGGCGAUACGGCCCCAGUUCCCACCCAGGUUACCUACUGCCCCAGUUCCCACCCAGGUUACCUACUGCCCCAGUUCCCACCCAGGUUACCUACUGCCCCAGUUCCCACCCAGGUUACCUACUGCCCCAGUUCCCACCCAGGUUACCCACUGCCCCAGUUCCCACCCAGGUUACCUACUGCCCCAGUUCCCACCCAGGUUACCUACUGCCCCAGUUCCCACCCAGGUUACCUACUGCCCCACCUCCCACCCAGGUUACCUACUGCCCCAGUUCCCACCCAGGUUACCUACUGCCCCAGUUCCCACCCAGGUUACCUACUGCCCCACUUCCCACCCAGGUUACCUACUGCCCCAGUUCCCACCCAGGUUACCUACUGCCCCACUUCCCACCCAGGUUACCUACUGCCCCAGUUCCCACCCAGGUUACCUACUGCCCCACUUCCCACCCAGGUUACCUACUGCCCCAGUUCCCAGACACACUGGAAGAUACCUGUUGA